UGUGUCAUAUGAAAGUGACUUGUUUGGGGGGGCUAUCAGCUGGGAAGGUGGACAUCCCCAAAAGUUGUCUCUUUUCUCCGCGUCGAACAUCACCAUGGAGUAUCCUCAUCCUAUUUGAACCAGAGAGGGACAGCCUGGUCCUGCGUCAGAUACACACAUGAUGGAAGGAUCAGAGGUUGAGUCGGUGAAUCAGCCCCACAACAGCAAAUCUGACGUAAAAGAGGAGGAAGAAAUAUUUCUCAACACUGCAGAUGUGGCAGAACCAUGCAGUCAGGCAGAAGAUGAAGCAGAGCCUGACAGUGAUUUAAUCAGUACUACGACAGAUGUACUGACAGGCUUAAAGACAAAGUCGGAAGUUCAAACAUGCAGUCAGGAACAUGUAGAGGCGAGUGCGAUGGAUGCUGAUGAAAGCUGUGAUAGCAGUGCAGUUCCCAUGGAUGGCGGGAAACCUUCGCUUUCAGAUGAGGCUGGUGGAGCUUUAGUAGCCCCCGUCACCACUUUGGAUGAUGUGGUAGAAAGCUCUCCUUCUGUUCUUGAAGGAACAACAGAAACCUUGUUGACUUUUGAUGAAGUGAAGGAUUCUCAUGCCUCAACUCCAAACAGCAACGAGCAGCCAUCAGUCCUGAUUAGAAAUUGUUCCCCAGAGCCAUCGCCUGCUGAUAGUAGUGGUUCAGCUGAGAGUCCAUCAUCCUUCUCCGUCCAAAACGCUUCCAAAAACUCCCCUACCGACUCGACAACCACCUCCGGGUUCUGCAAUGGCCCUUCUACCCCCGGUUCCGACACUGUCAGCUCCUCCCUCGCUUCCAGUCCGCAAACCAGUGCCAACACCUCAGCCGCCUCACAUUCUAUGUCAAGUCCAUAUGACACUGACUGCAGCCGAAAGCUUAUCUCACAAAUCCAGCGAUCCUUGUCACAGGAGUCACUGCUGGAUGAGCUAGAGUCAGAGCUGUUGGCUUGUCAGCUGCCUAAGGGGGAAAGUGGAGGUGAGAGGAAAGGGAGCCCACCCGUCAAUGGACUCCCAACAGACCAAGAGGACUGCAUGUUGGUCUUUGACAAGUGUGUGCAAUUCAAGUAUGCACAGCAGGAGAAGUCUAUUCACAGGCUGCUUGAGGAGAACAAGAGGCACCAGGAGCUGAUUCUGGGUAUCUGUUCAGAGAAGGACAACAUGAGGGAAGAGCUGAAAAAGAGGGCAGAGACAGAAAAGCAGCACAUGGCCACCAUUAAAAAGUUGGAGGGCAGGGUGGAGGAGCUGCUGAAAGAACUUAAGGAGUCGCGGGAUAAGCUGAUUCACCAGGACCAGGCAGCAAAGGCUGCCCUCCAGCAGAUGCAGAAGGACAUGUCUUACAGGCUUGAACAGGUCGGCAAGAAGUGUGACGAGGCACGCCAAGAGAAGGAGACCAUGGUGAUGAAAUAUGUGCGGGGGGAGAAAGAGGCCCUCGACCUGAGGCGAGAUAAGGAAGGUUUGGAGAAGAGGCUGAGGGAAGCCACCAAGGAGGUCGACCGCCAGGCCCUCAGAGGAAACCAGCUGGCUCAGGAUAAAGGUCGUCUGCAGCAGCUGUAUGAUGCGAAGGAUGGCGAGGUGAGCAGGUUGACUCGAGAGGUGGAAAAGCUGAAGGAGGAAAUCAACUCUCAUCUCAUCAAGGUCAAAUGGGCCCAGAACAAACUAAAGAGUGAGGCGGAUGCACACAAGGAAUCUAAAGACAAACUGAGAGAGACCACUUCCAAGUUGGCCCAGGCCAGAGAAGAGACUGAACAGAUCCGCAAGAACUGCCAGGACAUGAUCCGCACAUACCAGGAAUCGGAGGAAAUCAAGUCCAAUGAGUUGGAUGCUAAACUUAGGGAGACCAAAGGACAGCUGGAGAAACACAGGCAGGAACAAACAGACCAAUUAGAGGUGCACCGAGUGAAGGCCAAAGAGCUGGAUGACCUGAAAAGGAGUUACAAAGAGGGCAUGGAUGAGCUCAUUACCCUACGAACCAAGUUAAAGUGUCUAGAAGACGAGCGUCCACGCUGGGAGGACGAGCUGAACAAGUACAGGGAGAUCAUCAACCGGCAGAAAGCUGAGAUCGGCCGCCAGAGAGAAAAGCUGGAAGAGAUCACGGCGCUCCAGGAGCAGCAUGAACGUGAUAAACAGGAGGUCACGUCUCUUCGUGAGGAAGUGGACAGCCUGUCCAGCCUGAUGACCGACCUCCAGCGUGAUGUACAAGGCAGCAGGGAGCGUGAGGCUGAGUUACUGGGCUUCACUGAGAAGCUGAGCAGCAAGAACGCCCAGCUCCAGUCAGAGAGCAACUCACUGCAGUUUCAGUUGGAUCAGCUCAACAGCAGCUUCACUGAGCUCCAAGCAAAGCUGGAGGAGACCAACCGGCUACUAGAUGACAAGUCAUGGCUGCUGAGACAGGAAGAGGUGCUGAGGCAGCAGGAGGUGCAGGGCCUGCAGGAGGAGCGGGCAGCAUUGCAGACAGAAGUGGCUCAGCUAAAAACCAGAGUUGAAGAGCUGAGGGAUGAGCUGGUGACUCAGAAAAGGAAACAAGCAGCCAACAUCAAAGACCUCACAAAACAACUAACACAAGCCCGUAAGAGACUGGAGCAGGUUGAGAAUGGAGGAUGCGACCGGGAUGUCAGCAGUAUGGGCAGUCGCUCAAGUUCCUCAGGUACUGCUCCUGGAUUUGGCUCCUUGAAUGUACGCCAUGGUGGGAGCACUGGUGUUGAAGAGCGGUCACCAGAGAGCCAGUCCGGUCCCUCAGUGGUCAUCGUGGACAGCUUCCCAGAGGUCGACAAGACCGUGCUGGUGGACCGCAUUGUCCGUCUGCAAAAGGCCCUGGCUCGCAAGCAGGAAAAAAUAGAGUUCAUGGAGGACCACAUCAAGCAACUGGUGGAGGAGAUCCGCAAAAAGACCAAAAUUAUUCAGAGCUAUGUGCUAAGAGAGGAGACAGGGGCCCUCUCAUCAGAGGCGUCGGACAUUAACAAAGCCCAUCUGAGCCGGCGGGGAGGCAUCAUGGCUUCGCUUUACAGCUCCCACCCGGCGGACAGCGGGCUGACCCUGGACCUGUCGCUGGAGAUCAACAGGAAGCUGCAGGCUGUGUUGGAGGACACACUGCUGAAGAACAUUACUCUGAAGGAGAAUCUGCAGACUCUGGGGUCCGAGAUCGAGAGGCUCAUAAAACAGCAGAGAGAUCCUGAGGAUGGAGUAAGGAGGAAGUGACAAAACCGGGAAAGAAGAAAUAAAGGACCAAUAUCUACUUAAGGAACCUCCAACCAAGCAUCUUUGAAGGGACAGGAAAAUGUAAGAUGUGCACACACGGUCAUUCCCCCAACACACGAAGGAGCAAAUGGAAUGUCGUAAGAGCCAGUAGCACCUCAGACCUCUUGAACUCUGUCCGUUUGGAGAACGUGUCUGAACUUACUUGAACUGUUGUUAUUCCAUCCACAUUGUACCACCUUCCGCCAACACAACAGAUCUUCCUCUGGCUAACGUCCGUCUCCUCUGAGCCUUGCCAAGAAAAAAAAAAACUCUUCAGGCCAGUUGCUUCAAGCUUGAAAGUCUAACUGUCCUGUAAACUAAUUGAUGCCAUAAUUAUGAAUGUAUAGCAAAGUCUACCAGGGAAGAAGUUAAAAAAUGACAAACACUGAUUUGUUCAGUAAUUUCUCCUAUAAAAAAAGACAUUUGUUCCCUCACAGCUCUUGUCCGCAGUCCAGUUAGUAAACUGAAACAAGAUUAUCGCCGCCCAGCAUGCUCUCUGCUUGUAUCCGGAUGUUCGUCUGCCCAAUAAAUAAGCCAAAUGUAUUUUUGAAAAGCUGCUUCUUCAGCUUGACAAAACAGCACUCCAAGAAGUAAAAGUGAAGAAAAAAAAAAAACAGCCUGGGCUAGUUGGGGAUCUUGUGUGCCACAUGGGCAUUUUUCAGCAACUUUUGCGCCGCACAGCACUUACAUCCCGAGCUGGUGAAGCGAGGUGCCUCGCAUCAGCAGACCCAAACAUCUGUGUGACGCCGGUGCUAGACUGAUGGAAGCAGACUGCUUUCUUUGCAAUGUUUAAUGCAGCCAACAGCACUAUGCCAUCAGCGUAGAAGUAUCCUAAUGUUGAGCUGUGUAAGAAAAAAUCUAUGACAAAAUAUAAUAUCAUGUUACGGUUGAAAUGUAGAGCUGGUCUUGAGUUUGGCCAUUUUGAAUGUGAUUUCUUUUUUUCUUUCUUUUAUUUUCAUAGUUUCUUGGCUUAACAUUUAAGUUUUAUUUGUCUGUUUAUCCAUUUUUAUUUUUUUAUCAUGCAUAUUCACCUAACGCUUUCUUUACGUUUUCCUUUGCUUUUAAUUUAAAAUAAUGAAUCCCUAGAAUAUUUUUGCCUUUCCUUCACUAAUCUGUUUGAUUAGUAGCAACUGGCAACGAUUACUCUUAAUCAGACAGGAGCAUCUAAAGCUGUUUGUUUCAGCCUCCUUUUAAAAAGUGGUUUGUGAGCAUCAUUGGCAUUCCUGAUAUCAAACCCUGGACACAGAGAUGCUAACCGCUCUGUAGAAGCUUUCUUUGCACCGUGUGCACAAUAUGAUCCGGUGAGAGGAAAAAGACUCAAAUGUUCCGGUCAUCCUAUCACGCUUCUCUUUCUUUUUCUAGUGUCACUGAGUCCGUUGAAGUAAAUCAAUUAUAGAAGAAAGAAAGACUGGAGAUCUGUAGCUGUAGCUCAGGAAAGACGAUGGAACCUACAGAAAUAUAUCCAGGGACAAAGUGCAAUGCCGUUCCUUUCAGUGAUUUCUUUUUUGUUUUUAUUUCCAUCUUGUCUUUUUGUUUUGUUCUGAAUGUUUGUGCGCCAGUAUACUGUUUAAUAUGUCUGUUUUUUUUUUUUUUUUUUUUGCUUGUGUACGUGCGACACGCGACUGUGCAGGAAUAUUUUGUGUCCAACGUUUGUGCGUGUGAGGCUGCGUACGUGGCUGCAUGUGUGCUUUUUUUUUUUAUAACCUCUCAAGCUUUUGUGUUUACACCUUGUGUGAAUGCUUCAGCUGUCAGAGCUUAUAGGAUUUCACUAGAUUGUCGAUGAAGUUCUGUGUCAUCUCGAAGGAGCACUGGUGCAUUUAGUUAUUUGCAUUAAGAACAGAGUCUGUCAGCCACACAAACACCUGCAGCUUCUGGCUCUCAUUCACAGAUGUUCAGUCUACAGUGCAUAUAGUAUGAAGGAUAUGAAGUAGGCAACUAGCUUUAUUCAACAAUGCUAAAGUUUCCUUGGUCUUUAUUUGAUCUGAUUGCAGAAGCUUUCACAAAGCAUAAGCAUCUAUCUCUUUAUUUCCCAAAUCAGAAAACAGGCUUUUAUGGGUCAUGAAUGAUGACAGGUUGAUCCCCUCCCAAUACACCCUGAGGCUAUGUUGAAAUGGCCCACUUUGUGAAUAGAGAUGAGAGUUUCCUUGAUUGAAGUCAUAGAGUUCUUAAUGCCUUGCUCGGCGUUUGAUGUACAUCUGCAUUUAUUUAAUCAAUAAAAGAUUUCUUUGCAAGGUGGGAUCAGCAUGACGGCACACCUGGAGAUCCAUCUUGAUUCUCCUCUAUUGAAACUUAGUAACCUUUUAACCUCCAAAAGGUUUAGAGAGGUUGCACUUUUAUCACUUAACAUUAAGGGUUUCUGUUUCUACCAAGGCAGAUGAUUAUUUCAAAACUAAAGGAAUCUGGAUAAUUUGCAUAUUAAACAAUGCAAAAAUGAGCUGCUUGCUGCUGAAUAGGUGAAAAAUCAUAGUUGUUUGUGUUGUUGCUUUACAGUCCGUUUCUGGGACAGACGUAAAAUACAACAUAUGCAAAUCAUUGCAUAGGAUAUCUUAAUUAAUUCCUCAUAAUUCUCAGAGGCAUGCUAAUACGCUUCUUCUGUGUGGGUCACAGCGUGUCUCCUGUCCUGAUCAUGCUGAUCCAAGAUUUCACACAUUUCCACAACCUUGAAACGAAGCCAUGCUGCAGCAUUGUGUGAAUAAAUGAUUCAUAUUUCACUAUAAGGAUAUGAUGAAAUGGAGUUUAGUGUGUUUGUGUUAAAAGGGACGUGUGAGGUGUGUCAAAAUGUGAGAUUUAAAUUGGAAGUUUGUCAUUUUCCCUCCUGCUGUGCAAUGAUUUCCCCCGCCCUGUUUAGUGGAAUAUUCAAACUGUGAUUAUAUUAUACAUUUGUAAAUAUGUCAUUCUGUAAAAGGAUUAUGAGACGUUUUUAAAAAAAAAAAAAAACUGAUUCUGGAUUAUGUUUGUAUAUAUGGUGUUUCCAGGGAAUAAAAAGAGAUGAGUCCUUGCUU